GUAAUACUUUUCCAAAAAAUAAAUCGAAACAUAGCUAGCGGGGUUUUAAGCCAUAACUUUUUGAGAAUAGAUUUUCUAGAGUCCGAAGAGAUCUCAAAAUGCAGAAAAGAGUUGAGUAUUUAGUUUAAGACGUUUCCGAGCUGUCCUGAGAAACUCUUGUGGGAUUUUAUAGGGACUCCCGUCACGGGAUCCUGCCGGGACUCUUGUGGGACAUUUUUCAAUUUUGUUUAGAUUUUUCGGGAUUUUACCGGGACUCCCGCAGAAGUUUAUCAAAAAUCCCACGGCGCGGGACUCCCGACGAGACCCCGUGACGGGAGUCCCGCGGGACUCUGGCAGGACUUUUUUCUGGGACUUUGGCCGGGAGUCUCGACUAGGGCUGGUUAAACCUCUUUUUUGGUUUUUCUCAAAUGGAAAAUACUUUUUAGGAUUUCUGAAAUACCUUUUUUUUAGAGUGUAGAGAAUGAAAUGGCGAAUCUUUCAAAAGGAAGUUUAAGUCUACGCGAUCAAAACUGAAAUAGUUAUACAAUAAAAAAAGUAGCAAAACAGUAGCCGAAGAAUGUGGUGUGUACAUCAUGUAUUUGGUGAAGCAGGAAAUUCUCCCUUUCAAAUCUAAAAAGUAAUUAACGAUCUCGUACGGUAUGCCAAGACGAUUCGUUAUUUUGUGAUCGCCCAUAUACGCGUGAUAAUAAUGCGUUUCAUUAUUUUUAUAAAUAAAGUAAGGAAAUGUGUGAAUUCGACAUCGGUGGUUUGUACAGCAGACACGUCUCAAUUUUUUGAAUAUGCAACUAGAGACUUCGAACGUCUUUGAAGUGCUUCAAAAGUACACAACAAAACUCAUUCAUUCGCAUGUUAAAGGUGGGCUCUAUGUUACAGUACAUUUCUGAAUACGGCGCCACUUAUUCAUUUAUGCACUGAUGAUUAUCAUUUAAUUCAACAAUAAGAACAACAAAUAAAAAUACGCAAACUGUUUGCUUUUCGUUGUUUGUGUGGAUAUUUAUCUAUUCGUGUUCCUCAUGCUUCCUUUUAGCUCCAAGGAGCCGGGAUCGAUUCGAAUUGAUGUAGAUAGUCUCAUUCAGGUUAUAUAUUUCCUUUAGUACACUCUAAAAAAAGGGUAUUUCAAAAAGCCCUAUAGAGAGUAUUUUCCAUUUGAGAAAAACCCAAAAAAAGGUUUAACCGCCCGUUAAAAACGUUUAAAGAGUAUAACCAUUUCAGCCAUAUUAUAACUGUUUAAGAGUUUCUUAUUCUUAUCAAAAAACUAAUUUUCUAAUUCUAAAAUACGGCUAAAUUAUGUUCUGAAAAACGAUUGAGGUUUCUUCACGUCCCAAAAAAAACUUUCAGGUAUUUUAAAAACAAAGCAACGUCUUAUAUUCUACUUCUGACAUAUUCAACAAGAAGUGAGUCGACAUACAGAUAAAGAUAAAAGUAGCUAACAUCUCAAUUUUUCUGUAAGUUAUUUAACGUUUAAGGAAGGUCUCAAUGAGCAAUUAUAUAUAUAAAACUUUCUUAGCAAAUUGAUUCGUUAUGUUGUUCCGAUAGAGGAAAACCAAAGACCUGCGAUAACGACAGUUAUAUUCAUAAUAUUUUUUGGUCUCAGUUUCUGUUUAAUGAACACAGUGUUUGGAUUAAAGGUAACCUUCUUUUAGAUAAUGACAAACUAUGCAUAAUAGCAAUAGUAAAAUGGUCGAAACUUUGAAUUCCAAUAAUAAUAAUACUACAACAACGAUGUCCGAGAUAGAUAAAAAUAAAAAGUCUUAUAUGUACGAACAAAAAUCGGAUGAACACCUAUGCCUCUAUAUUUUUAAUUUUUAUUUCUUAUCUUUAUUUCAGUCGCGUAAUAUCCUUAUCAAAACAAUUAGAUGAUCGAUACAGUGGAAAUCAAGCGUUAAAUAAUUUAUUUUCAACAGAAUGUGCUUAUAUUCGCGAAAAACUUAAACAACUCUGUGAAACAUUAAUAUUAGAAGAUCCCUGUGACUAUGGUCAAAAGGUCGACGAUCUAUUGUGGCGUAAGGUAUUUUAUGAUCCAAUUCAAAUUGUUAAACGAAAUCAUAAACAACGUGGUGGACAGUCACAACCGUCGCCAUUUAUUAUGCAAACAGAAAUAAUGUACAAAAUGCAUUUAUCAUCAACGUUUGGAUUUUAUUCUAAUCUUCUAAUUAAAUUAUGUGCAGCAAUCAAAAGUAUUUUAAACUUAAACGGAUUUCUUGAUUAUCCAAUUUUGAAUGAUGAACAAAAACGUGAUUUAGCACUGUCCACAACAUCGUCCUCAUUAAUUCAAACGGAUACAUCCGUUGUUCGUAAAGAAUCAUUGUUGAAAAUUAUCCAUAAAUGUUUAAUGUGUCUUGGUGAUGUUAGCCGUUAUCAAAAUGAAUAUGAAUAUUCUGUACAAACAGCCGAAAAAUUUUAUAAUAUGGCACUUUUAUUGAAUCCAGAUAUUGGAAUGCCACUGAAUCAAUUAGGAACAUUAUGUGGUCGUCUCAAUUAUUCAUGCGAUUCAACAUUUUUCUAUUUACUUUGCCUUAGUACUCAACAACCAUUUGACGGAGCUAAAGAUAAUUUAACAUUGAUAUUUCAAAGAAAUCAAAAGAAAUAUCGAGAUCUCAAUUUACAAUAUCAAAAACCGUCAAAUGAAUCGACAAGUAAUCGUGAAAUUCGACGUUUUCUAAUCCAUUUCUUAUACAUUGUUGAACACUUGCUUAAUUCGCAUAACAUUGUUUUAAUUCAAGAACUAGGGCAGGAAACAUUGAAUGAAUUUAAUGCGUCAAGUGAUUCUGAUGAAGAAAAUGAAAAAGCUAAAAAUGUUCAAGCUCAAAAACGUCGUCGUUUGAAAAUAUUAAUGUCACGAAGACGUCGGCAUAUAUCCGUUGAUACAUCUGAAGGUAGUGAGGAUGAAAUCCCUGAUUAUAUCAGCGUUUCAGGCAAUUCAACGGAUGAUGAACAACAGCAACGAAAUAAAAAAAAUAAUCUAUUACAAACAAAAAGUGGAAUUAAUGAAGAAAAAGAGGCAGAAGAAGCUGCAAUCAAACUAGCAUUAGAAGAAUACAUGGAAAGAAUCAAACAAAGUAGUGAACAAUUUGGCAGUGGUGGUCAUAAUGAAGCAGCAUCAAAUAGUAGUAUUGCUGGUCCAGCUCUCUUCUCCUUUAAAGAUUUAUCAACUCAAUUAUUCUCAACAUUUUCAUCCAAUGAUUUUCAACAACAAUCGUCUUUAUUUGAUGAUCAAUUUGGAGAUCUAAGUCAUAUUAAUGGAACUAGUGCAUCGUCAGUUGGCGACGAAAAUUCUUUUAAAUCGAUAUUGAUUGGAAAAAAACAAAUUCGAGUGCCCCCAGGUUUUGAGCAUAACAAAGAAGCAAAAGCAGCUGCUGAAAUCGAGCAAAAACUGGCAGAUUUUCACUUAGAUACGGAUACAGACAUUAGUAUUUACAGAUCAGAUGCAGAAAAGACAACCGGUGACUUUGAUACAGAACGAGAAUCGACACCAAUGUCUGAGAAUGAAAAUGAAAAACAAGAUAAGGAUUAUUAUGGAACAAAAUUAAUUUUAGAAUUAAUUGAAAAAGAAGGUUUACUGUUGGCUGUUAAAGAAUUUUGUCACUGGUUACAAUCAAAUAAAAAAUUAUUACAAAUGCUUCUUCCAAUUUCUCACGGUUUAUGGUCUAAAUUAGCAUUGUUAUUGAAUUUUCUUCCACACGAAAAAGAUAUAUUGAAAAGCGGUCUUUUAUCAUCAAAUUCUUCGUUACAUAAUAUGCUUAAUAAAUUUGUUGAGACAAAAACAUUUGUUGGUCCACUUCUGGAAGAAGAUUUACAAUUACGAGCAUUUUCAUCGCUAAAAAACGAUAAAAAUCACCUCAAACUUGAUUUGAAUAAUGUAUUACCAUUCACACAAUUAGAAAAAACUAUAAUUCGUGUGUGCACAUUACGUCGUUUUGGUUAUUCAAUCUGUUCCUUAUCAUCGGGCUCGUCUCAAUUUCACUAUGAUAACGAAAAAUGUUUAUUUAUAUGUACUGUUCCUCAACAGAAUCAGCAACAAUCGACAACAGAAUCUAUCACAGAAAUAAACGAUGAAGAAAUAGCUGCAACGGUAGCAAAGACAACUGUUGCUGAUGAGCGAAAAUCUCGACUUAUGCGUGAUAUGGCACAACUUCGAUUACAAGCUGAAAUAAGUCAAUUAGAAAAUUCAUUGAAAAAUGAAGAAUUUACUCUACCACCUUAUUUAGUUAUUGACUCGCAAGCAUUAUGUACUAAUUUAACAGAAAUACAAAAAUUAGUACAAUCUCAAAGAUUUAUUAUCAUCAUUCCACUUGUUGUUAUUGACAUUCUUGAUGAAUUGAAAAAAGAAAAGCGUGAGGCUCGUGAAGCUAUACGUUGGUUAGAAACACAAUUUCGUCUUGGAAAUCGAUUCAUUCGUACUCAGGCCACGCAUGAACGUCAACAGUCAAAUACAAAUUCUCGUAGUGGUUUUAUUAGAAAAAAAGAGAAUAAUGAUUUAUGGCGUUUUAGUCAAUUAUUUGAAUGCUGUUUUUAUUUUUCUAAUCAAAGCGGUUACGAUAAAUCAUCUAUGACUACCAUUACGCUAUUAAUAGCACGUCAGUCCAACACAUUUACAAACAAAGAAAAACAGCUUAUACAACAAGCUGAAAAAGAUGGUGUACCUGUUCAACACAUUGAAGAAUUUUUUCAAAAAUGGCAAGGAUUAAAUGAAGCCCAAACAAUACAUCCGGUUGUAACAACAACUGCUGUAUCAACAAAAUGA